AGACCGCUCAGGGUGCACACAAGUGUCGGACCGUGGCUGCCGAAAGACCCGGGGGGAUGGAAAAUGUAUAAUAAACCUUGUUGGAAAAGUCUAUACAGAUUGCUGUGAACCUCUGAGUGAAGAUGGCCUUCUUUCAGAACAACUUCUGGGGGGAGAAGAAUGCCGGCUUUGACGUGCUCUACCACAACAUGAAGCAUGGCCAGCUGGCAACCAAGGAGCUAGCCGAGUUUGUCCGCGAGAGUGCUGCUGUUGAGGAGACUUACUCCAAAUCAAUGAGCAAACUGGCCAAGAUGGCCAGCAACGGAAGUCCACAGGGGCGGAGCUGAAGUCUAAGAAAGCGGCGGAGUCUUUCGCGUUGUGCAUUGAGAAGUACAACCGUGUAGGAGGAGAGUUUGAGCAGAAGAUGAGCGAGUCUGCCCAGAAGUUUCAGGAAAUCGAGGAGGCCCACCUGCGGCAGAUGAAACAGCUGAUCAAAGCUUAUUCCCACUCCAUAGAAGACACCCAUGUUCAAGUGGGGCAGGUCCACGAGGAAUUCAAGCAGAAUGUGGAAAACAUUGGAAUCGAUAACCUCGUCCAGAAAUUUGCGGAGCAGAAGGGCACAGGCAAAGACAGGCCAGCUCUGGUUGGAUUUGAGGAGUACAUGACAGCUCUGGCACCUGAAGGUGGGAAGAAGAGUCGAGCAAAAGCCUUCAGGAUCCCCGGCCUUGGCAAGAGGGACAAAGAACCAGACUCUACAGACUCAGCGGUGACGGAGGCACUGAAUUCACCCCUGGAAGUCGACGAUGAGGGAUUUGUCAUCCGAGCUGACAGCACACAGAAUGGCUGCUCUGACGAGAAGGAGAACAACUUUUACUCCAGUGACUCGGACUUUGACGACGAGGAGCCGAAGAAGUUCCACAUCCAGAUCAGACCGGUCACCAGCAGCAACCGCAGCAACUCCGCUGCCACCGAGAAAGAGCUGAAAGCCACCGUCGGGGCGCUCACUCUGCCGCCCAACAGAGGAGUACGGCAACAGAUGUCAAUCAAGCGGCAUCUCUCCAGAAACUCGAGUACUGCAGGAGGUCGCUCAGAAGAGGGCGAGGGUGCCUCCCACAGGGAUGGAGAGCAGGACGGCCUACGCAGGUCCACCUCCAGUCCUGAUCACAGCAGGUUGAGUUCGACGGCGUCGGGUUCAGACAGUCUGUUUGGACCACCGUUGGAAUCGGCCUUCAAGUCCAAAAGCUUUGAUAGUCGGGAACAACUCAGAGAGCAGAGCACCUUUGGUGCAUCUGAAUAUGCCGCCUUCUCGUCCGAUUCCUCCUCCCCGGAGAACGUCGAAGACUCCGGCCUAGAUUCGCCUUCCCAUCAGCCCCUUGGGCCCUCCCCUGAGCCAGUGGGUUGGGCAGCUUGGCCUCCAGUGUCACAGAGUAAAGAACAGUCACAAACACUGGGACGACCUGCGGACCCUUUCCUCUCUGCUUUCCGUGACCCCUCCCCUGGUUGGAGUCCUCACCAGCAGGACGACCCAGCCAGCGUCUGGUCCGUCGCCCCCACACGUCCCUCUCGUGUCCCCCCAGAUAUGGACUCAUCCAUGCGAUUCCCUGCUUUCUCACAGUCCCUCCCCCCACCUGAGAUGGAAUCGUCGGUGUGGAACUGCAAACACAUCCCUCCCGAGGACCCCUUCCUCGCUGCCUUUGAAAGGACUGUCACCCAGGAGACUUUAAACCUGUCUGACGCCUGGGCGCGCCCACCGCCUCGCCUGACCCAGGAGUGCCGGGGGAUGGAGGUUCGAGGGGACCCGUUUUCCAUGACUCUCGCUGACACCAAGACACUCCCAACCUCAUCCUCUUCCUCCUCUUCAUCCUCCUCAAAUCGUAAAAACAGAGAGAGGAAACGAGACCGGAGCCUCCCGCCUCCUGUUUCCUCUGAUGACCCGUUUGCGAUCACGAUGAUUGGCAGCCCAACGCACCAGUCGUCGCUGGCUGCAGCAGCUGGGUUGAUCCCUCCACACAGCAGCAGCAGCAGCAGCAGCAGCAGUGCUGUCGGCUCAACCAAUAGCAAUAGACUGGGACUCGACGCUAACUCAAGCUCUUUGCCCUCAGCCCAGCCCAAGAAGGAGCUGAUACACUGGAACUCUGUCCACAACCCGUUCACUGAAGGUGUCUCUGGAGUGCUGAGCAGCUCCAAAACACAGGAAGGAGGAGGAAAAGGAGAUGUAGUAGUAGUAGGAGGAGGAGGAGGAGGAGUAGAGAGGAGAAAACAUCGAUCAUCAGAAAGUGAGCCACGCAGGAACGCCCCUCCACUCACGAGACAUUCAGGACCACAGGAGGAUCUGUGUUUUUCCACAGACAAAGAUCAAGACUGCGUGGAUCUGAACACUCAGACACCGUGCGCUGUCAGCUCUCACAAGGGGUCCAAGCACAACUUUAGGCAGGACACGACUGAAGUGGUCGCAGCUGCUCCUCCGAGAGCGGCCCGGGCCAAGAGGACUUCAGGCCGACUCAGCGGCUGUGAGAGGUCCCGGUCUCUGUGCUCCUCCCCGCUGCCGGGGCCCAGCCCCUCUCUCACCUCCUCCUCCUCCUCCAGCCCCAGUGAGUGGGGACCACAGGCCAGGGACACCGACUGGGGGGGUCAGAACCGAGUGGCCAGUCCUGCCAGGCCGGGACAAGCAUCGCCGCUGCCCUACCAGCACCAGGAACACCAACAAAGGCCACUGCACCUAUCGCGAGGUCCAAGUCCCAUUUCCCUCAGCACACAGGAGGCCUGGCCGGUGGCAGCAGCCAUAACCGAAUAUAUCAACGCCUACUUCAAGGGUGGACAGCAUAACCGAUGUCUGGUGAAGAUCACGGGCGACCUGACGAUGUCUUUCCCCGCCGGCAUCACCCGGAUAUUCACAGCCAACCCCAACGUUCCCGUGCUCAGCUUCCGACUGGUCAACAUCUCCAAGAUCGAUCACUUCCUGCCAAAUCAAAAGCUGCUCUACAGCGAUCCGUCUCAGAGUGACCCAGACACCAGAGACUUCUGGUUCAACAUGCAGGCUCUGCAGCUCUACCUGCAGAGGGAAGCUGAGCUCAACCCUCAGGCCUCGUACUAUAACGUCGGCCUGCUCAAAUAUCAGGUGUCGUCUCAGGACCCAGGUCGGGCUCCUCUCCUGCUGUCUGCUGAGUGUCAGCGCAGCGGCACAGUGACCCGGGUGUCCCUGGACUACCACUGUUGCCCCGCCACCGCGCCCUCCACCCAGCUCACCGCUGUCCAGGUUCUGCUGCCAUUAGACCACACUGCCACAGACCUGCAGUGCCAGCCACCCGCCUCCUGGAACGCUGAGGAAAGACGGCUGCUGUGGAAACUCCCCAACCUCUCCCCAACCAAUCACAGCAAAGGCUCAGGGACUCUGUGUGCCAGCUGGCAGUGCCUGGAGGUUCCCCGCGGCCCUCCGCCCAGCCUGGCUGUUCAGUUUGUGGGCUCCGGGGCCUCGCUGUCUGGGAUGGACGUGGAGCUCGUGGGCAGUCGCUACCGCAUGUCGCUGGUCAAGAAGAGAUUCGCCACAGGGAAGUACAUGGCGGGCUGCGCCUUGUGAGUCGUGUAAAGGACCAUCGCUGCGAGUUCAGAGGACUGGACGGGAGGAGAGAGGAUUCGCGGUAAGACGGAGGAACCUUGAAGCUCAACCUUGAAGGACGACGUGCACUUAACUUCUGACAGUGUCCUGCUGUUUUAGGACCAAGCCUUUUCUUCUUCUUUUCCUCUAAUUUAAGUUGUGUGUUGUACACCUGCCUGCCUUUAGCGGGACAGAAACUCUUUUUCUAUCUCAUCGUGUUCUGAGACUGCAAACUAAGCUACAUGUUAGAACUUUUCAUGAGUUACAGAAGAAAAGAAAAUGUGUGUGAAUAAAGUUAAAACAUAUUACUGUCUGGAAGUGAGUUGCCAUGGAGACUAGGAUUUUUAAAUUAUGUAAAUACUGUAUGGAAAUCUCUAGAGCAUCUUAAAAAGGAUCGAACGAGUCAUUUGUGAGCGAAGAUCUUCUACCAAACCUUAGAAAAAAGAAAUGUUUGUAAAUCUGCUGUUUGUUCCAAAUAGAGGUUUUGUGAUGUUGAUAUUUGAUAAAAAUAAAUGUGCUCAAACCUUU